AUGGAUGAAAAAUUAUUGACAUCUGCUUUUAUGGAGGGUCUUCGACCCACCCUCCAGGCAAAAUUGAAAGCCUGUAAACCAGAGUGGCAGGUUACACCGCUGCCCCAAUUAAUUUCUGAUGCUAAAGGACUGGAGCUAGAUAUGAAGAAACAAAACCCAGCUCCAGUAAAGUAUGCUGUAAAGAAAAAGGGGCUGAAGGGACAGCCAGUAACCUACCUUAUGGUGCAUGAUCUCCAGAAAGUGAACAAGGUGACUGUCCUUCAGACCCCCAUCAUUCCUGUGAUGAAUACCGUACCCCGACUGACGCCGGACGUCAACUACGUCGUGCUCACGAGAUAUGGGAUCUUCUCCAGUUUCGCUGGCAAGGACAUUUGGUGCUUCACGUGCCUCCCGUUUGGGCUGUCUUCUGCCCCCUGGUGUUUUACCAAGCUCAUGCGGCCGGUGGUAGCUUACCUCCGCAGCCGGGGGGUGAGACUUAUAAUUUACCUGGACGACAUCCUGAUCAUGGCCAGGGAUUGUGCUACACUUCAGGUCCAUCUUCCCGUGACUAUGAACCUCCUCUCCAGCUUGGGGUUCAUAAUCAAUCACGAGAAGUCAUGUCUUUCUCCUUCCCAGACCAUGGCGUUUCUUGGUUUUCUGGUGAAUUCUACCUUAUUGACACUCAGCCUCCCGUCGGCUAAUCCUGAACAAUGGUCCAGCUCUCGCCAUCCAGUCGUGGUGGCAAUAAUGGUCAGCUGUCUCUCAUCAUGGGUGACCCCAAGAACCAGUCUGGGGAUCUCAGGUUUACUACAGUCUUCCCUGUCCUCUGAGACUCCGCUCCAGGUCUAUGAGACGUACAUAGAGAACGGCUUCAUCAGCCUGAAACAUAAGAUCCGCAACAUUGAGAAAAAGAAGGUAAAACUAGAAGAUUACAGAGAACGUCUAAGAAAUGGAGAGGCGCUGAAUGAGGACCAGCUGGAGGCGGUUGAAAAGUAUGAGGCGGUCAUUCAUAAUCUGGAUUUUGCCAAAGAACUUCAAAAAAUCUUUACAGCUCUAAGUCAAGAUUUAAUAAAGGCUCAGAAGAAGGCCUUCAGACGUGAGCACAUGCAGAAGACUGAAGCUGAGAAGAAGCGCCUGCGUACAGUGCUGCAGGUUAAGUACUUGUUACAGUCGUUCUGUCAAGAUCAUGUGCAGAAAGAUUUCAAAGAUGGAUUAAAUGGGGCCAUGUACAUUACCUCCAAGGAGCUGGACAGUCUCUCAAAGUUUGCCAAACUAAUUUGUCACCAGAGGUUUAAACACAUGAGUCUUGAAGACGAGAUGGAUCAGUUGUCUAUCUACCUGUGGAACCUACUGGAAGGCAAUGAAAAAACUGUGGCAGGAGCGAACUACAAGUACCUGAAGGAUCUGGUGGCCAGAAUGCUGGAUUGUGGGUAUUUUGAAAGUGUCCCUGAUCCCCCUCCUCCUCCGAAGAAGCCAGAAACAUUGCCUAAAGAACCUCCAAUCACUGAAACCAGAAAAGUAUCUAAAGCUGAACCAGAGUCUAAGGAACAUGUGAUAUUGGACUCUCUUCCUCCCCAACAGAUUCCAAUCAGGCAUUGUAUGCCAAAAGUUGAGAAGAUGUCUAAAGCUGCGGAAAUGAUUAAUUCAGUGCAAGUAAAAUGCAUGAAACCAGAGGCAAUAAAACCCUGGGCAGUAGCUGCUAAUGUGAAGCUACAAGAGCCACCAAAGAGGUGGCAACCUCCAGCAACAUUGGUGCCACUGAAUAAGCCUUGGGAAGCUACAAGUGCCCCUCAGCCUGCAGCCCCUCAGCCUGCAGCCCCUCAACCUAAGUGUGACCUGGGGCCACCAAAGGAGAGACGUGAGCGGGCACCAAAGCCUCAACAGGAAGUGAAGUCCAUGACCCUGCUGAAGGAUCCUAAGAUGCUGCCUGUUCCAAAUGUGCAGAUUACAGUGAAGAAGAGGGAACCUCCUGCAUCCAUUUGUAUCAACCAGCUGUCACCAGCUGUGAACAACACACAGCCCCACCGUGUGGCCUCUCAGCCAGCUGCUGAGUACUGCUACUCACCAACUCUCCCUAAGGAUCCAGAACUGCGGAAACAAAAACUGGAGGAUCUGAUCGAUGAGAUCAAAGGCACGUAUAACUUCAUGCAGGACUCCAUGUUGGAUUGUGAAUUGCCACCUCCAGGAACAGCCUCUCCAAAGCUUCUGAUAGUUCCAGCAGUUAUCUCUGAGGCCAUUGAAGGCCCGAAGGAACCAACAGUGCUAACUGAAAAGGUUGACAAGAUUGAAAAGUCCAAGGAAUCAGCAGUUGCCCCAGAUUGCCCCAUUCUGUCAGAACCAGAUUCUCCAGAACCUGCAUGCUCCCCCAUUAAGGUUCCUCCUGUGUCACCAGUCCAUAAAGUGGAAACACUGUCUACAGAUCCCAUCUAUGUUCCAAACCCUCCUCUAACGGAGGCUCUUCCAGAGAGAAGUCCGACUCCUGUGCUUCUACAAACUGAGAAGCUCCAGUCUCCUAAGACUCCAACCAACAUUCCACUGUUGCAGCUCAAACAAGAAGAAACUCCACUGUCUGCCAGGAGCCCUCCAGUCUCCUCCCAUAAUUCUCCUUUCCAAGGAAUGCAGGCUGUUUUUAAAGUGAAUCCUCCCUUGCCAGCUCGUAAAGAAAUUAAAGACGAUCCACCGUAUCCUACAGAAUACCAGCAGACUUUCAGCACUGCAAGUACUCAGACCCUUCCAUAUGGUUUACUAGAGCUGAAUGGUGAACAGCACUCGCUCAUGCAGGAGCCACUAGUGGGGAGUCCCUAUGCUUCUGGAAUGCCUCCAGUAAGCAAUGGAAGUGUUCCUGGUUACACAUCCACCCCUAACCUCAUGCCUCGUAUUCCCCAACAAUUCAUAAGUAACAGAGGUGGAAUGGUGAGAGGAACCAGUCGUGGAGCCCGGGUAAUGACGAAUGGCUAUCGCUGCCAGACUAGCUUUAAAGGUCCUGAGACCUAUAGAGGAACCCAGUGUCCAUCUGGUGGAAGCUAUGCAACCUGCCCUGGGCGAGACUAUCCAGUUACCCAGUAUAUACCACGGGAUUCAAACUCCCAUCUUUGCCAUAAGAGAGGAUCUGUCACACCGGCUGGCCGCUUGACUUCAAGGGGUUGGAAUGACUCAACCCAGUUUGGGAGCCCAGAGAUGGAGGAAAGUUUCAACAGUACAGACUCUGGGCAGGGGGACUCUCGCAGUAUGACAUCUGUUGAUAUGUCCAUUAGCAGCCAAGCUGCCACCAUUCUGCCAGUCCACGUCUACCCUCUUCCUCAGCAAAUGAGGGUAGCGUUCUCUGCAGCCAGAACAUCUAACUUUACCCCUGGUACAUUAGAUCAACCAAUUGUGUUUGAACUGUUGCUUAACAAUCUGGGGGAUACCUUUGACUUCCAGGUUGGGCGUUUUAUGUGUCCAGUUAAUGGCACCUACGUGUUCAUAUUCCACAUGUUAAAACUGGCCGUGAAUGUUCCUUUGUAUGUGAACCUGAUGAAGAAUGAGGAGGUGAUGGUAUCUGCUUAUGCCAAUGAUGGAGCCCCAGACCAUGAGACAGCCAGUAACCAUGCCGUUCUGCAACUCUAUCAGGGUGACCAGAUCUGGUUACGGCUGCACAGAGGAGCCAUUUAUGGCAGCAGCUGGAAAUACUCUACAUUCUCUGGCUAUUUGCUGUAUCAGGACUAGGUUUCUUCAGACCUACCACUGGAAUGAGUUGUGCAAUUGAAAUUGGAGAAUAGUUUGUGGUUAUGAUGGGAGUCCAAAUUCUGUUAAGGUACCAAUGAAGAACUUAACUGGUCCAGAGACUUUUCGCAUCUGACCUGGGUAGAAGUUGGUGCACCUUUCUUGGCCAAUGACCUCGAUGAAGCCAAAGGACUUGAGCAUGAUAUUGUGCAGGAGAUGUUAUUGCAGUGUCAAAAAUAAUGCAGAUUUUGGUGUGUGGUAUGGAGACAGUGGCUCCAAUAAACAAUGAUUGCAAUCCAGUUUGGCUAGUUCAGUUGUGCAGUUCUUUUUCUGGUAAUGAGGUGGCCAUUCCCUUUCUAUCAGUCAUGCA